AUAGAGCUGUCUUUCUCAAAAUCGAUCUAAGUUACUUGCAUUAAUAUAUUCCGUUUCUCUCGAACAAUCGCAAAGAACAAGUAAUCGGAAAAUCUUUGUUAAUUUGUAGCACAAAUCCAAACAAUCCAGAGAUUCAAAUCGAAAACCCAGAAAAUGAUUCCACAACACAUCAAGCCAGUAUCAACAAGACCAUCAUCAUCAGCAACAGUGAUUCAACCAUCCUCACCUCGAUUCCCCUUCUCAUCAAACACACCAACCUCAACAGCAAACCGUCGUAUCGCAAUUGCUGUAGAUCUAAGUGAUGAAAGUGCUUAUGCUGUAAAAUGGGCAGUUCAAAAUUACUUACGUCCUGGUGAUGCUGUAAUACUUUUACACGUACGACCAACUAGUGUUCUUUAUGGUGCUGAUUGGGGUUCAACAGAUGUAUCAAUUACUGACACAGAUGAAGAAUCACAGCAGAAAUUAGAAUCUGAUUUUGAUGCUUUUACUAAUACUAAAGCAACUGAUUUAGCACAACCAUUAGUUGAAGCAUCAAUCCCAUUUAAGCUGCAUAUUGUGAAAGAUCAUGAUAUGAAAGAAAGACUUUGUUUGGAAGUUGAGAGAUUAGGGUUAAGCACUGUGAUUAUGGGUAGUCGGGGAUUUGGUGCUUCUAAAAGGAGUAGUAAAGGAAGACUUGGUAGUGUUAGUGAUUAUUGUGUUCAUCAUUGUGUUUGUCCUGUUGUUGUUGUUAGGUUUCCAGAUGACAAAGAAUCUGGGGAUGGGGAUGAUGAAACUACAAAGGUGUCUCCAUUGGAAAAGGAGGUUGAGCUUCAUCCUGUACCUGAGGAAGAUCAGGAGUAUCAUGAUGCCCCUGAGGAACAGAAAGCUUGAAGCUUUUUCCUGCUUAGAAGCCUAGAUGUUGUAACCGAGUCAAAUCGAGGCCAAGGAAGUUGAGAUGUUUCUGACAAAUGAUGGAGAAGUUUCUGGAGUGGGUUUAUGCAAUGUAAUUGAACACUUGUAGUUUUUAUUGCUUUCUAUUUCUGUCUCUACCUUUCUACUGUCCAUCUACUUCCGUGUAACUGUCCUACUUGUGCUGUUGUUGGAUGAUAUAUUAUCAAAUCUGUAAUUCUUGAGUUAUUUUAUAUUAUUGUCUUCCAGUUAAAUGCUGGUAUCAACUU